AAAAUAUAAUAAGAAAGUGUUGCCAGAAAAAGAAAGUAUAUUUAAAGUGUUUACAAAAAUAAGCAUUUUCAGUUAACCAGAAACUUCCAUUAACCUGGUGACAAUGGCUAAUCGGAAAACAAAGGGAAUCAAAAGAAUGACUAAAAGUUCACUUUUGCCUCCAUUACUUUCGUCUGGCAAAUCCCUUUCUCUUCUUUCCCUUUUAGUUAGCCCUUUAUUCAUCUCUUACUUUCAUCGUUCGCAUUAGCAUUACUAACACCUUAACCAUUAUUCGAAGUGUCAAGCCCAUCCAGGAUUUUAAUCAGAUAUAAAAAUGUCCACCAAGAUGACAGAGAACAUCACUUUCAAUCUUCCAUCUUCAAUCAUAACAUCUCAUAACAGCAGCCAACAGCGAUUUACAGCUUUAACACUUUUCCUUACAUUAACUUGUGUAUUAAAUCCCUUAUAAUUUUAUCAAAUUUAGUCUACUUUUCAAUCCAGUAGUGAUUAACUGUGUGUCUUUUACCUGUUUAUUUCACUUUCCAAGCCAAACUUUAUCCACCAAAAACUCCAAAUCAAAAUGAUUUCAAUCAAGUCAACCCUUAUUCUUGCUGUUACCAUUGCUUGUUUGGUUAGCCUUUCACUUGCCAAACCACCAACAUCUACAACUUCAACCCCAUCAUCAUCACCCUUGACCUCAGGAUCAUCCAAAAGCAAUGUUAAAGUCAAUGGGACAUCAUCCACUCGCGCUCGAGGAUCACGAUCAGGAUUUGAUCCCAACUACUCCAUGUGGGGCCACGCUACUCCAAGCACCCUUUCCUCAACUGGAAGAUUUGAUAUGGUUCCUUUAAUCCCAAUCGUCCUUCUUUUCGGUCUUGGCCUCAUGCUGAUUCCAUUCUUAACAUCAUUCAUUGCCCAUGUUCUUUACCCAUCCAAUUUGCCUGCUGGACGAAAACGACGAUCCACUGAUUCAUCAUCUGGCUUCCUUAAUGAUAUGAUGAUCAAUGUCUUGAAAAAUUUGGAAUCAUCCAUCGAAAAAUAUACAUCAUAAUAAUCUAACAUUGACCCAAACCUGAUCCAGUUCUUGGACUAAGUAAACAUACAUUCCAUCAUCCUGAUUCUGGUAAUCCAAGAGAUUAAAGAUCUCCAAGAUCUUAUCAACACUAAUCAUUGAGAAUGAAACUUUUCGCAACAAUACAUGUAUUUUCACUUUUUCAAUUUCUCACUCUUUUUGUUUUAUUUUGUUGAUUAUUUUCCCUUUAAUUUUACUAAUUGUAUUGCAAAUGUUUUGUUUUGAUGAUUAGUUGGUCCAAAUUUUGUGACUAUCUUAACGCUUGGAUGCAGUUCAAUAUACAAGCAAUAAAUAAAAGGCAACUUUUAUCCAACAAACCCUCUGUAAAAUGAUGAUAAUAACAAAUAAUAUUCAGUUACAAUCAAUCUCAAAGUGAAUGCUGAUCAAACAAUUUAUAUUUUUCAAUAGGAAUGACAAAAAAGCCAAUCCGAAACGAUGAUAUUAUAAAGUGAAAAGUCAAUUCUGUUGGAGGUACAAUAUCUUAUGAUUAACCGUAAAAGAGACACAACAAUGAAAAUUUGUUGAAAAUACAUCAAACAUUGAGAAAGAGCGGAUAAAAUGGAAAGACAAAACUAAAUUGUCUCAAUAACUUCAAUGAAUCCAUUACAAUAGCAAGAUUUUUGUGCAAAAUGGAUCCACAAUAGAAGUACACUUGAUGUACUUGAAAUGGUCCUAGUUUAAUCAGGUCAAUAAUUGUUUAAAAAGAUUCACCAAUUUACCAUUUCAUGUGUUUACUGAUAAACAUGAAGUAAACAAAGGUAACUCUAGGAUCUCAUCAGCUUCGGCUCCUUAACCCCUUUCAAUGUAACCCACAAAGCGAAACAUUUCAACAAGGAUAUCAAAAAUGAUCAAAAGUUUACAAGUUAAUGGAUCCAAUGAAACCUCAUCACUGGAUUAUACACCACCAAUGGUGUCCUCCUAUCUAACAGGAUCAGGAUCUCAGGCUUACACUUCAGGAACAGCUUCAGGUUCACCUUACUGGGAAUAUCCAAUUCAACCUCGUCCCUAUCCAAUUGACCUUUGGAGACACCAUCGAUACGAUUAUUGGGAUCCAAGUCAUGAGUUGUAUGGACGAGCCGAUUAUUACUGGCUUAUCCCGGUUGCUUUUAUCAUUGGUAUCGGAGCUUUAGUUUUACCUGUGUUUAGCCUCUUUGCCACUGCAAUGGUAACAACCGGGACAAUCAAUUUAACUGCUGGUCGAAAGAAACGUUCAUUGUUCAAUGAAAAGCCAAUCUCUGUUUUGGUAAGGGAAGUUCAAUCAGCAAUCACACGAUUUGGUUACAAUAAUCAAAGGUUUGCAAAAGCUUAAAUGAUUUGCUUCAACUUACUUCAAGUGUCAAACACAAACCUCAAAACCAAAUGCUAAUGUAAAAAUAUACGCACAAUUAAGCUAAUUUUAUUGAAAAUAGCUAAUUCUAUUUUCUCUUAAUAUUAUAUUUAAUCAAUUAUUUGCCUGUAAAUAUAACCAAUAAUUUGAUAUUAAAAAAGAUUUUCUUUUUUUGCUUA